AACGGUUUUGCUGGGCAGCCAAUUGGAACGAACUAUACGUUAUUUUUGUAUCGCACUCAAAAUGCCAUAAAGAUCGUACAAAAUUUUCGCUCAGUUAUUUAGUAGUUCACAUUUCGAUACAUUCUACUCGGUACGGUUUAAUAUUUUUAUAAUUUAGUCCAACUGUUUUCAAUAUUUAAAAAUCAUAAAAUAAAAAAUAAUAAAUAAAUGAAUAUACUUUGAAUAUUUAUUUUAUAAUUGUGUUUUCUGUUUUGCGAAUAAAUUAAAAUUACAAAUAUAAAUAAAUAUGAAAUUGUUUUUUAUAUCUUCACUUAUUCUUAGUGUUUUAUUCGUUCAAGGUAUAAAUUGCGUAGUAUUGCACGACAUUGAUGUUCCCGAAUUGGUUAAAAUCGAAAACGAUGAUGAUGGAGAGCCCAUUAAAUUGAAUUGCAAUUAUGAACUGGAUGAAGAUCCCUCCUAUUUGGUUGUCAAAUGGUUUCUAAAUAAUAAUACCAUAUAUCAGUGGAUACGCGGUCAACCCCCUUCAGUGCUACCAUCCUUUAAACAUCAUAUUGGGAAAAUAGAAGCAACAUCGACGGAAAAAAACCAUGAGUACAGUGGCUUAACACUCAUCAAUCCCUCGAUCGAGUUAAGUGGAACAUAUAAGUGUUCAGUACAAACCUAUAAUGGCUGGAAAUCAAUGGAAAAGGAACUACAUGUGGUAGAUAUUAGCAACAGUUCAAUUGUGUUUGAGAAUCAGCCAGUUAGAAAUGAAACCUAUUUGGAAUGUACAGUCACAAACAUAUUUCCAAAGCCCAGAAUACAUUUAGUAUCUGCCGAUGAGAAUAUUGUGAUGUCCAGUAAUGAAACGCACAUAGAAAAACAUAAUAAUGACUACUACGAUGCCUCCAUGACCGCCAUAGCUCAAAAUACGGAUGACGAUGCUGAUGCUUUUUACUGUUUUAUUACAUUUGAUGGUAUAAAUCUAAAUCUUACAGCCAAUACGGUUAGAUCGGCAGUCGCUAGAAAUUCUCUAGCCCUUGAUCAUAUAUGGCUAAUAAUGGUUGUGGCCUUCUCCUCGAAAUUGUUAAGUUUGUUCUAAUUGUAGAUAUUUGUUGCUUGUUCUUUACUAUUAUUUAAUGUUUUUUUCUUCUUUUUUUUGUAAAAAAAAUUUAAAUCUAAUCCAUUAAAACUAAUAAAUUAUUAUUAUUUACUUAUUUACAUUAUAAAUGUAUGUACAUAAUAAACCAAUUAUUUAUAAAAUUAUCUAUAUAUUUUUAAAUAAAUAAUAAAAAAAAAUCAAAAAUAUUUAAUGUUAACAA